UCGUGUUGAGGUAAAGAUGCCUCGAAAAUCCAGCACUUCGAAGAAGUCUCAGCAGUUAAAAAGGAAUCCAAAAAGGAAGAUGAGUGACAGUCAAGUGGAGUUUUCAGAGGAAGAGGUUAGAAACACAGUGAAAAAAACUAAAAAUCCAAGGAACCUGCCUUCUGAAGAGUCCCUUCUGUCACCAGAGACAGGACAUAGUGACCUGAAACGGGUCAGGAUACCAUCUAGCAAGAGAAAAACCUGGAAGCCUCUUUCUCAGAACAGCAAAAGCCACUUUCGUGGUUUGAUGGAAUCUGUAAUAAUAGCAGUGUUGAGUAAAAAGAUAAAAGAGGGCGAGCAAAUUCAGCAUCAUCUGAACUCCCUGAAGAGAAGAUUGCUUCAACUGUGUGAAACCCUGGAUGUUCCUCCCCAAAAGCUAGAAGAUGUAGGGAGUGUGUCAGAUACACUGAAAAUGGAGCACGCACAGCUCAGAACUAAUGAAGAAAGUCUGAAGUCAUUGCAGGAAGAAAUAGAUAAGAUAGUAGAGACAACAGAAUCAAUGACUAGGAAUAUUCAGAACCUAACAAAUGAAAUUCAAAUUCUGACAAGUGAAGUGGAAGAGGAGGACAAGAAUAUGAAGCAGUUGUUUCAGAUAGAUAGUAGUGGAGAACUCUAUCUUCCAGAACUUUAUCAGAGGAGUCUUAAGGCGCCCACACUUCAGGACGAAAUUUUGGCAUUAAUCCCGAACAAGAAUACUCUUCUGAAAGAUAUAAAUACUCUCCAUAAUUCACCCCAGGCUAGGAACGUGCUGACUUUCAUUGAAGAAGCCUACAAGAAACUAGAUGGCAUGUAAACAGUUGUUGUUUUUGUGUUGGAUUUUUUUCUAGAUCAUUCUAUGUAAAUUUCAUACUCAUGAUUUUGUUAAACUAUUGAUCCCUGGUUAAGACAGUAGAGACUUGAGUCUUUCUUCUUCAGUAUUUGUCUUCUCCUAAUGUGCACUUCACAAUCAGCCUGUGUUAGUCCACGACCAACAUCUAGUAUCGUCCUGAGAGCUUUGUUGUCAGCAGUCGCCAAGUCUACUGUAUCUCCAGCUACUUACCUGAAACAAUAGUGGCCACAGGUUUAAAAUAAGUGAGAAGGACUCGUUCACUGAGUAGUGUAGUGGAAUUGUAAUACUAGGUCUUAAUGUUAGUAAAGUAUUCAUAGUAAGAGGAAAAGAACACAGUAUGGAUGUUACAUGAAUGUUUGCUGUCAGUAUUCUUGUAGCUGUUAACUUGCAUUUUCUGUCUGGUCAUCUGAAAGAUGACAAAUCCCCAAAGGUCAUUUCGCUUAUAUAACUCCUUUUACAUGUUUAUUUAUUUUAUUAGCAAUUUAAUAAUGAUCGGCAAGAUCGUGGGAUAAGAGGGGGCCAGUUCCACACAGUCCUCAGCCUCAAAGUUCCUCACCCAUCCCCAUCCUCUCCAUUGGAAGCUUCCCUGUUCCUUAUCCCGUGGGUGUAUGAACAUGUUAUUUCGUAGCACUACUGUAAAUAGAUGCUGAAUAUUUAUUUUUUGGAACACUUUUCCUUUAUCGGGGGAUUAAUGUUUUACAUUAACUUAGCCUUUAUUUUGUCAUCAGAGCAUACUUUUACUUCAUAAAAUUAAGGUGGAAACUAAGCACAUAUGUUUUUUUAAAGCAAAAACCGAGUAACACACCUUUCUUUGUAAACCCUUAUUGUGACAGACAUCUACAUGUUAAUAAAUUUGUUACCUUAAAUAUUUUAAAAGUCAUUUCUAGCUACAGUGUAUAAAUUGUAUGCAUUUGUAAAAUAAAAUAUUUUACUGAA